AUGAUUUUUGGAUGCGUGAGCUGCAUUUCAAUGCUUGUUAGUGUAAGAGCGAAGUGGAAUGAGUGAUUGAACGUUACAGAUUUGUUUGCUUUCUAUAUAGAAAGGAACUUGCUGACCUCAAGGUGUUUUUAACUGUAACAGUUCAGUCUACAAAACUUUUGAACACGCCUCAGAUUUGUGAGGAAUGUGUGUGAUAUAAAUGUUGCGCUUUGGUGUGUUUGGAAUCUAUAGACAACUGGAAUGACGAAUUUGAGAAGGAUUAUCUAAAAGCUUGUUUUUUUUGUAUCUGUUUGAAUUUUAACGUCAACUAAGCCUCAUAAUAGAAUGCAUCAACCAGGUACCAGUUUUUCAGGUUCAUGCCUCUAAAAAAAAGUGAUACUUUUUACCUCUGCAUUGUUCGGGAAAGAGCUCGUUAGAAAUUCUACACCUGUUCUAUUUUACUCAUGUGACAUAUACAAUUUGAUUUGAUGUGCACAGGCAGUGUUCUUAUCCAAUAAGAUAACAAUAACCUCAUUAAAUGAAUGCAGGUGUAACCGAUGUGAAAUGGCUAGCUAGUUAGCGGGGUGCGCUCUAAUAGCGUUUCAAUCUGCGAUGUCACUUGCUGAAACCUUGAAGUAGUUGUUCCGCUUGCUCUGCAUGGGCCGCGGGCUUUUGUGGCGAUGGGUAACGAUGCUUCGGUGUGUGCAGAGGGUCCCUGGUUUGAGCCCAGGUAGGGGCCGAGGAGAGGGACUGAAGCUAAACUGUUGCACAGUCACUCUGAAGGUGGCGGUGACAUAUGGCCCCGACGUCACAGUCACAUGGGACGGCGGUGGUGGCUUGAUUACCCAGUGUGCACUGCUCGUGGCUGUGGAGUGGGCGCAGGAGGUGGACAUCUUUCUUCUGCCCAGCUCGGGCUCCUUCCUUUUUCUGAACCUUACGGAGGAGGUGACACACUCAUUCCAAUGUACCUGCUUUGACCAAUCAGAGGGAGUCUACAAAUCACAGAGCAUCAGUGUUGUACCUGGUUCACCAACUACCCCUCCACCAUCAACCACCAACCAGGUGACCAUGCUGGAAAGCCAUGCGAAUCAGAACAACACUGACUCUGUAACAGAGAGUGUCUUUGGGACCAUUGCCGGAGGCCUACUCCUCUUCAUCAUCUAUGGCUUCUGCAGGAAAUGGCUGGGAGAUGAGAGACUGAGAGCCAUCUUCAGGUUUCCUCGCCUUAAUCGAGUGGUAAUUUAUCAGCUGUUCGACCACUGAUCAUCAUCAACCAGACGAUACUUUCUAGCAGGUUGCUCUGCCUGAAUGUGUCGCUCAGGAUAAGAGCUCUGGAUAAAUGACCAAAAUGUACUGUAUGUAUUAAUGAACAAGAAACCAUGUUCGGCUGUGAUCAGAGCUACUUUAGUAACAUGUUCGGCUGUGAUUAGAGCUACUUUAGUACCAUGUUCGGCUGUGAUCAGAGCUACUUUAGUAACAUGUUCGGCUGUGAUUAGAGCUACUUUAAAACCAUGUUUGGCUGUGAUCAGAGCUACUUUAAAACCAUGUUCGGCUGUGAUCAGAGCUACUUUAAAACCAUGUUCGGCUGUGAUCAGAGCUACUUUAAUACCAUGUUGGGCUGCUUUGAAACUAUACAUCAUAGACCCACAUCUUUGACCUUAAAAUGAUUCUGCAUGUGCUGUCAAAUACUUCAUUUGCCAACCUACCAAGUACUUAGAAAUAUAUGUUUAUUUGAAAGCCCUUCAUCUUGAGGUUACACAUGCUACUGUAGCGUAAACUAUCAGCCUUGGUUAGGCUCACUAGAGUCCCCAUGGAGCCAUAUUAACUAGCAUGAAAUGUAACGAGAGUAUUAGGACACCAGAGACCUUCAAUCUCCCAACCAAAAAGAGAGUGAGUGUCAUUGCUAAGACUGGUUAUGUCAUUUAAGCUGUUCUGUAAAAACUUUCUGCGGGUUUUACCAGUGUUUUAUUUUUAGGUGCAUUUUUCAGAAGUAAGUGGAAUAUAACUAAGAACAAAACUAA